UUGCUGCUGCUGCUGAUGCUUUGCCGUCUCCUACUCCUACUCGUCCACUUUAUUAACCCUUAUUAAAUCCACCGUCCUCUUCCUCGUCUCCCACUACUACACCCCGCCUCUCCCGCCGCGAGAUCCGGCUCCGCUUCCGGAAGCUUCUGGAAGGGCGUCCCCCCCACAUGAGCGUCUGAUCGAUCGGCCGUCGUCGCCAUGGGCUGCGCUGGAUCCACUCCCAAAGUUGAUGAGAACAGUAAGAAGCUCAAAAAGCCAAAACCUUGGAAGCACACUCAGGCAAUAACACCAACACAACUCUCAAAGAUGCGUGAAGAAUUCUGGGACACGGCUCCACACUAUGGAGGCCAGAAAGCUCGUUGUAUCUUUACAGAGAUUUGGGAUGCACUUAGGGCUGCUGCUGAAGCUGAAUUACCUCUUGCACAAACCAUAGUGAACAGUGCUGGGAUUGUUGUUUCAAAUUCUGACAUGACGCUUUGUUAUGACGAGAGAGGUGCCAAGUAUGAACUGCCCAAGUACGUUUUGAGUGAGCCAACAAAUUUGAUCCGUGAACCGUGAUGGUUGAGUGAAGAUUUAUGUUAUGUGAAUAGAAAAACAGAUCCUGUAAAUGAUGUAAAUCGUUCAUUGAUCGCUGACUCAGGACUGUAUUUCUCAGAACAUAAAUGAAGUUUAAGUUACUUUCGUAGUUCUGCAGUUACUCUAUAAUUAGGCUUUUUCUGUGCAGCAUUGUCUCUGAACUUGCUUGCGCUAGAGUUGUACACUUGUUACUUGUACGACCUCAUUACAUAUAUAAACCCAUAUACAGGAUGUUGCACUGCUGCAACAUGCUGGGGUUGUGACUUGUGA